AGCUUAAUUCUCAAGAUAUACCAUAGAUUGUGCCGACGCCAUACAAAAGUAACAUGAGUAGAAGAGAGUGACAAAGAAGGUUGCGGAUCGUAAGAUAUGUAACAUGAUGCUUUGAAGUAUGUAUUGAGCUGUGCCGCUGCUAGAAGUCCAACAAGUCUUGAAAUUUUACGGAGUUGCAACCAAAAAAAUUUCUCUCCUUCUUGACAGCAAGUCGCUAUACUCAUAAUUUGUAGCCCAAAUGCCCAAAAGCAAAGCGAAAAAACAAGCCAUUAAGGAAAGGAAUCUUUCGAAACAGCAAGACGAACAUGGAAAAGAGAUCAUAAAUGGUCAGAAGAAGGGGAUUGAUCAGAACCGCGGAAAGGAAAAAGUAAAACCUCAUGCUCCAGCUUCUAAGGAUCGCGAGCCUAAAUCAGGGAAGCUCGCGCAUGACCCAUUCUUUGCUGCCCCCGAGACUAGCCAUGGCAAAGAUAGUGGCAAGAUCGAAAAGAAGCACCAGAAAAAGCCAUAUGCCGCCAACAAAGCCAAAUCAGACUUUAAAGGCAGGAAUAAGCCAUACUCCAAACCACAACCAGCAACGAAAGAUCGACCAUCCAAACUUGCAAAGCAAAAACAUGACACCUUCUUUGCACCUCCUCAGAAAGCGGGCGACGAUGUUGAAGGCGAUAGAAAGAAGCAAACGGAUACUGGCAAGCCUAAUAAGGGUCAACAACGCAAGGCUAGCAUAUCGAAGCCAACAAAACAAAAGCAUGAUACUUUCUUCGCACCUCCUCCCGAACCUACAGACGAGGACAGACAGGACAAGCAUGAAAAAUUGGAAGAAGAGAAACCACCCACUACCGAAAAAGAGCCUGAUGUUGAUUCUAUGGCGGUUAUUGAGACAAUCAAGAUCCCAGAGCCAGGUGAGACUAUUUUGGAUGCUAAGUCGGAUAUCGCCGCUCGAUCUGGUGUAGUCUCUGUCGUGGAUAAGACAAACAAGAAAAGAAAGAGAAGCAAAAUAGACGUAGUUGCAGAACUGGAAAACGAUGCAAAGAAGAUGACAAGGACUGGCGAUGGUCUUGGAGCUGGUUUAGAGGUCGACGGUUGGGACUGAACGGACAAUCUCUAAUGUAUGGUUCCUAAAUGUGUAUAAUAGUGACAUGUACAAUAUAGAUGGAUUAUGACACGCUUGCUGUAAAUAAAAGAAGCGAACGGGUUUCAAAAUGGCUUGCGCUUAGAUUUGCAAGUGCUAUUUCUAUGUCAUUAACUACAAUUAUAUAUGCUCGCAUGGGGUGAUCAAAAUCAGGA